AGUUUUUAAGAGAAUCACAGUCUAUAAGACGCACUCAGUACGCUUCAGACGAUCGAGCUUGUCGCAGCUAUUAGCACGCUGGUUUAUGAGUUGUAUGAAAAAUUUAAAUUAAAUUAAAAAAAGAACACGUGCGACAGUUAAAGCAACAAACACGUAUUAAAAUGGCUACUAUUGGCGGCUACAAAUUGGGUAAAGCUAUCAUAGAGGGUAAAACAAAACAGGUUUACGAUCUACCCGAACAUCCCGGCUUGUGUCUGUUGCUCAGCAAAGAUCGCAUAACAGCUGGCGAUGGUGUGAAGGCGCACGAUCUGCAAGGCAAGGCGGAGAUAUCCAACACCACUAAUGGACUGGUAUUUGGCAUUCUAAAUGAAGCGGGCAUAAACACGGCCUACGUUAAAUCUUGUGCGCCCAACGCCUUCAUCGCUAAGAAAUGUGAAAUGAUACCGAUCGAAUGGGUGACCAGACGUUUGGCGACUGGCUCGUUCCUAAAGCGGAAUGUGGGCGUACCGGAGGGAUACAGAUUUUCCCCACCCAAACAGGAGACAUUUUUCAAGGAUGAUGCCAAUCAUGAUCCACAGUGGUCUGAUGAACAAAUAAUUUCGGCAAAAUUCCAUUUAAAUGGCGUGUUAAUAGGUCAGGAUGAGUUAGACACCAUGAAACGUACCACUGUGUUGGUGUUUGAGAUUUUGGAGAAAGCUUGGGCAACAAGAAAUUGUGCGCUGAUUGAUAUGAAAGUGGAAUUCGGUAUUGAUACUGAAGGCAACAUUGUGCUCGCCGAUAUUAUCGACUCCGACUCGUGGCGUCUGUGGCCAUCCGGCGAUAAGCGUCUAAUGGUGGACAAGCAGGUCUAUCGAAAUCUGGCCACAGUCACUGACAGUGACUUGGAUACGGUAAAACGCAAUUUCAUCUGGGUCAGCGAACAGCUCAAGGACAUUGUACCAGCUAGAGAUCAUCUGGUGGUUAUUCUAAUGGGUAGCGCCUCCGAUACCGCGCAUUGCGAGAAGAUCGCCUCGCACUGCAGCCAAUUGGGCCUCAACACAGAACUGCGUGUCACCUCGGCGCACAAGGGACCCGAAGAGACAUUGCGCAUUAUGCGUGAAUACGAAAGCGUAAUCAAUAAUCUGCUCUUCAUUGCUGUGGCAGGACGCUCGAAUGGCCUUGGGCCGGUAUUGUCGGGCAGCACCACAUACCCAGUAAUUAAUUGUCCACCCUUGAAGCCUGAAAACUUACAAGUGGAUGUUUGGUCAAGUUUGAAUGUGCCCUCAGGCUUGGGCUGUCCGACGGUUUUGUAUCCUGAAGCAGCGGCGCUGCAUGCCGCACAAAUUUUAGGCCUAAACAACUAUAUUAUCUGGUCCAAAUUGCGUGUGAAGCAAUUGAAUAAUUUUAUUACUUUGAAGAAGGCUGACGAGUUGGUGCGUGGAGUGCGUAAAGCCUAGGUGUUUUGUGAGCCGGGCUUGUGUUUCAAUAAAUACGUUAUAUUAUUCUAUUA